UAGAUUAAUGAUUAAUAUGUUACUCUGGUAUUCACAGGAGGAGGAAAGUUUAAAGUUGGAACUGUGUGAACUGGAACAAAGCAUAGAGACGACCAAGGGCCAAAUUGCUACGUCCGUAGAGGUCAUGGAGCAGUACCAGGCACAGCUCAAUGUUCUUGAAGAGGAAGUUGCAAGGGCCAAGAGUGAGGUUACUGCAGCUCAGUCAGCUGUGAAGGAACAAAAGGAGAUGUUACAAGCACAAAACAAGGAAAUUAAUGCUAUGACAGCACGUAAGGAACAGAUCAUCAAGAAUAGCGAUGAAGCCCAACUUGAAAUCAAACAGCUUGAUCAUAAACUUUCAAAACUGAAGUCCGAAGCAAAGGAUGCUGAAAAUAAGGUUGCUCAGAUGCUCUCUGAACAUGAAUGGAUAUCAGAGGACCGCAAGUUCUUUGGCCAGCCCAACACUGGUUAUGACUUCACAGCUAAUGAUCCAGUGGAAGCUGGACGCAAAAUCACCAAAUUAGAAGAACUCAAAACCAAAUUAUCGAAAAAUGUAAACAUGAGAGCCAUGAACAUGUUGGGAAAAGCCGAAGAACAGGUAACUUUUCAAAGUAUUGAGCGUGUGUUCAUAUGGAAUAAGGUGCAUGUAAAUAUGAGCAACGACAAAUACAAACAAAUACUGUUAUAUUUUUCCCAUUUAUU